AUGUUUAAGAAACUUGAAAUAAACAUUCCAUUUUCGGAAGCUCUAGAAAAGAUGCCGAUAUAUGCCAAAUUCAUGAAAGACAUCAUCUCUAAAAAGCGCUCCACAAAUAUAGACCCAAUCAUCCAAACGGAAAUCUGCAGUGCCAUUCUCCAAGGUAUGAAAAUUCCUGUGAAAAAGAAAGAUAGAGGUUCUAUUACUAUUUCGUGCACUAUCGGUGAUCAAAAAUUCAAGAAGGCCCUGAUUGAUUUGGGAGCUAGUAUGAGUUUGAUGUCGCUGUCCAUUUAUAAAAAAUUCGGCCUUGACACCAUUCAAGACACUAGGAUGACCCUUCAGUUUGUUAAUCGCUCAGUUAGGUGA